AUGGGACCAGAUGGUCACAUGGCGUCCUUGUUCCCGGGACAUGAUCAGAUCAAUGAGAAAGUGAAAUGGGUUACAUUUAUUACCGAUUCACCUAAACCCCCACCAAAACGGAUCACUUUUACUCUACCGGUUAUCAACUGUGCUUCAUACAAUGUUAUGGCCGUGUGUGAUAAAGAACAAGCUGAUUCGGUUGAGGCUGCUCUUACUCACACCAAAGAUGUACCUGCUGGUAGGCUAACCGCGGAUGUUGAAGUGGUCUGGUUCCUUGACCAAGCAGCUGCGUCUAAACUCAAAGGCGGGUGCUCGAUCCUUUGA